CUACCAAUAUUAACCACGUGGAAGGAACCUUAACAGUCGUUUUCAGAAAUAAUAUAGACAAUAUCAGUGUUGGAUUGAUGAAGUAAUACAUUAAAUUGACGUUAAUGUGUGUAAAAGUGACCGUUAUUGUCCGUUAAACUUGCCAAUGAGAACCAUUGGUGUCUGUCUCUGUCUGCGUCAGACUUUACGCGCAUCACCGCAUGUCAAUUUCCACCAAGGAACUCGCGGUGAUUUUGCAUCUCUGCGCGCAGAGAGAUGCUGGGUUCGGAGGUUGUGCCUGAAUGAAGAUUUGCCUUACUAAAUGUGGGAAUUUUGAAUUGUUUUGAGAACAAAUACUUUUGCUGUUCUACUUUGAAUAAGGUUCAAGACAAUAAAACACCCCACAUCUUUACGCCUCUCCCUGUGGAAUCUACCUUUUGACCAUCUCUGACCCCUUCUGACAUCUAACCCCUGACCCUAGACCCCCCUCACCAUCAACCGCCACCAUGCCUAAAAACAGCAAGGUGACCCUGGGACUCCCUCACAGUGAUCCCGUCACUGAGUCAGUGGCGGACCUCCUGACCCUGGCCGAGCCCCUGGACUAUAAGAGCAGCCGGAUGAGUAUGGGUCUCAGCCCCGGGGCCCAGCCAGCCAUGGGCAAGGGCCUGCUACCUUCUCCAGGAGACGAGGAGGGGAGGCCGGCCUGGAACAGCAAGCUGCAGUACAUCCUGGCCCAGGUUGGGUUCUCUGUGGGGCUGGGCAAUGUCUGGAGGUUCCCCUACCUGUGUCAGAAGAACGGAGGAGGUGCGUACCUGGUCCCGUACUUCAUCCUCCUCAUCCUCAUUGGGAUCCCUCUGUUCUUCCUGGAGCUGGCGGUGGGACAGAGGAUUAGGAGAGGCAGCAUCGGGGUGUGGAACUACGUUUACCCUCAGCUAGGAGGCAUCGGGGUCUCCAGUCUAAUGGUGUGUGGCUUCGUGGGCCUUUACUACAACGUGAUCAUCGGCUGGAGUAUCUUCUACUUCUUCCAGUCAUUCCAGUACCCACUGCCCUGGGCAGAGUGCCCAAUCAGAGUGGUCAACGGGAGCCAAGCCAUCAUCGAGCCGGAGUGUGAAAAGUCUUCUGCCACCACCUACUUCUGGUACCGGCAGACCCUGAACAUCACCAGCACCAUCGAGGACAGCGGAGGCCUCAACUGGAAAAUGACCCUGUCCCUUUUCGCCGCCUGGCUCAUUGUCUGUCUGGCAGUGAUCAAGGGUAUCCAGUCAUCUGGGAAGGUGAUGUACUUCAGCUCUCUCUUCCCCUAUGUGGUGUUGAUCUGUUUCCUUGUCAGAGGCCUGAUGCUCAAAGGAUCUGUUGACGGCAUCGCUCACAUGUUCACCCCAAAGUUGGAGAAGAUGCUGGAGCCCCAGGUAUGGAGGGAGGCAGCCACCCAGGUGUUCUUCGCUCUGGGCCUGGGGUUCGGAGGGGUCAUAGCCUUCUCCAGCUACAACAAGCGGGACAACAACUGCCACUUUGACGCAGCGCUGGUCUCUAUCAUCAACUUCAUCACCUCCAUCCUGGCUACGCUGGUGGUGUUCGCCGUGCUGGGGUUCAAGGCCAACAUCAUGAACGAGAAAUGUGUUGUGGAGAAUGCUGAGAAGAUCCUAGGUUACCUGAACACAGGUGUGUUGAGCCAUGAUCUGAUCCCUCCCCACGUCAACUUCUCUCACCUGUCAGCUGUGGACUAUCAGGAGAUGUAUGGAGUGAUCAAGACUGUCAAGGAGGACAGCUUCAGUCAGCUUGGACUGGACCCCUGUAUACUGGAGGAUGAACUCAACAAGGCAGUGCAGGGAACAGGCCUGGCCUUCAUCGCCUUCACUGAGGCCAUGACCCACUUCCCUGCCUCUCCCUUCUGGUCUGUCAUGUUCUUCUUCAUGCUGAUUAACCUGGGGCUGGGGUCCAUGAUCGGCACCAUGACAGGGAUCACCACACCUGUACUGGACGCCUUCCCCAAGAUACGCAAGGAGUUCCUCUGUGUUGGUUGUUGCAUUGUGGCGUUCUUCUGUGGUCUGCUGUUCGUCCAGCGCUCCGGGAACUACUUUGUGACCAUGUUUGAUGACUACUCAGCUGGCCUGCCUCUCACUGUGGUGGUUAUACUUGAGAAUAUAUCUGUGGCCUGGAUCUACGGCACCAAGAGGUUCAUGCAGGACCUAGAGGAUAUGUUGGGUUUCAGACCCUACUCUUUCUAUUUCUAUAUGUGGAAGUACGUAUCGCCUGCCUGUCUCACCGUGCUCAUCGUUGCCACUGUGAUAGAGAUGGCCAUCAGUCCUGCUGGGUACAAUGCCUGGGUGGAGGAACUGGCAUCGGAGAAGUUCCUCUCCUACCCUCCGUGGGCUCUGGGUGUGGCCUACUCCCUCAUCAUCGCCGCCAUGCUUCCUCUCCCCUGCGUCUUCAUCGCCCGCCACUUCAACCUACUCUCUGACGGCUCCAACAAGCUGUCUGUCUCCUACCGUAAAGGCAUGACCAAGGACCUCUCUGGCCUAGAGGAGGAGAAUGAGUCCCGCUUCAUCCUCAGUAAAGGCACCCCCAGCCCCAGCCCCUCGCCUAUGCCUUCUCACCGCCCCUACCUGGGGCCCGGCGGAGCCCAGGAGAUGACCAACACGGCUGGAUAUGGUACCGGGACACCGACCAAGACGGGUUAUCAGAAUAUUCAUUCGCCAGAGUCCGAACUAUGAUCGAUCUGACUGACUGAAGCACAAGAAACCCUAUCUAUUAAACCCAACACAACACAGCCCCUCCAGAGAGAGAGAGAGAAAGAAAGAGCACUCUCUCUGCUGUUCACAUAUCUGUAAAGCACAGCCCCCCCCCUCUCUCUGCUGUUCACAUAUCUGUAAAACACAGCCCCCCCCCAUCUACUGUUCACCUAGCUGUAAAGCAAAGCCCCCCAUCUCUGCUGUUCACCUAUCUGUAAAGCACAGCCCCCCCUCUCUCUACUCUUCACCUAGCUGUAAAGCACAGCCCCCCCCCCUCUCUCUGCUGUUCACCUAUCUGUAAAGCACAGCCCCCCCCUAUCUCUACUGUUCACCUAGCUGUAAAGCACAGCCCCCCAUCUCUACUGUUCACCUAGCUGUAAAGCACAGCCCCCCCCUCUCUGCUGUUCACCUAGCUGUUAAGCACAGCCCCCCAUCUCUGCUGUUCACCUAGCUGUAAAGCACAGCCCCCCCUCUCUACUGUUGAACUAGCUGUAAAGCACAGCCCCCCCUCUCUACUGUUCACCUAGCUGUAAAGCACAGCCCCCCCUCUCUCUACUGUUCACCUAGCUGUAAAGCACAGCCCCCCCCUCUCUACUGUUCACAUAUCUGUAAAACACAGCCCCCCCUCUCUACUGUUCACCUAGCUGUAAAGCACAGCCCCCCCUCUACUGUUCACAUAUCUGUAAAACACAGCCCCCCUCUCUCUACUGUUCACCUAUCUGUAAAACACAGCCCCCCCUUCUACUGUUCACCUAGCUGUAAAGCACAGCCCCCCCCUCUCUACUGUUCACAUAUCUGUAAAACACAGCCCCCCCCUCUCUACUGUUCACCUAGCUGUAAAGCAAAGCCCCCCCCCUCUCUACUGUUCACAUAUCUGUAAAACACAGCCCCCCCCUCUCUACUGUUCACAUAUCUGUAAAGCACAGCCCCCCUCUCUCUGCUGUUCACCUAGCUGUAAAGAACAGCCCCCCCUCUCUCUACUGUUCACCUAGCUGUAAAGCACAGCCCCCCCCCUCUCUACUGUUCACAUAUCUGUAAAACACAGCCCCCCCUCUCUACUGUUCACCUAGCUGUAAAGCACAGCCCCCCUCUCUCUGCUGUUCACCUAGCUGUAAAGAACAGCCCCCCCUCUCUCUACUGUUCACCUAGCUGUAAAGCACAGCCCCCCCCCUCUCUACUGUUCACAUAUCUGUAAAACACAGCCCCCCAUCUCUGCUGUUCACCUAGCUGUAAAGCACAGCCCCCCCCUCUCUCUACUGUUCACCUAGCUGUAAAGCACAGCCCCCCCUCUCUCUACUGUUCACCUAGCUGUAAAGCACAGCCCCCCCCUCUACUGUUCACAUAUCUGUAAAGCACAGCCCCCCACUCCCCAUAACAUAGAACAUCUCUGAGCCAUAACACACUUUCAUUCUAUUCUAAAACAACCUUCCCCACAUCGCCCCUAAUCCAAACAAACCCAUGGCCCUAAGCAGAGCCGCUACAAAUGUUGAUGUCAGUCCUCGUCCUACAUCACUCAGAGACACAAACGAAGAAGGAGAGCCCCCAUUUGAAUUCAGCCUUAGAAGGUAGGCAGGGGGUGAUUCAUCUGAACGCAGAUAAGCCAAGCAGCUAGCGUUUGAUCAUCAGGCAGCAUGUGUGUGUGUGUGUGUGUGUGUGUGUGUGUGUGUGUGUGUGUGUGUGUGUGUGUGUGUGUGUGUGUGUGUGUGUGUGUUUGUCGUAGUGCUCCCCAGCCAGUCCAGGUGACCCCUAGUGUUAUAAAUAGAACUGUGAUACCCACGUUGGCAACCGGCCCCGGCAACACAGUGCCAUGGUGAUGAAUCCUCUUGUGAUGUCAUGGAGGAAGGCACACACACACACACACACACAAGAGGGCACGUUGUUGCGCUUUGUCAACCAGCUGUUACCAAGCCGGGUUGUAUUCAUUCGGGAGGAAAACGUUUAGAAGCAGAGUGAAACCAACUGUUAAAAAAACAAUUGAAACAGGGAGGUACAGCCUGAAUGUGUUCUAAGGUACUACCUGAAAAUUUGAGCACAGAUUGUAGUUUUCCGUUGCAAAAUGUUUUGCUACGGUGUGACCUUUUGAACACUACCCAGGUGUGCCGCAAGCCAUUAUAUAUGUUGAUUUCUGUUGACCGUUGUUCAGAAAUGGAUCAAUGGGAAAUGUAGGGUUAAUUGUUAUUGUACAUUCCUCUAAUCUUGUUCUUCGAUAAGCACUCUGAUCAAUCAAAGGCACUAAUAAUAGAUUUAUUUAUGUGAAUUGUCAAGUAAAAAAAAAAGCCUUUUUAUUUAAAUGGUUGAGAUAUUUGUAUAAUAGUGUGUAAUAAUAAUUAUGUGGAUAAUGUAGUCUAUAAUACUGUAGUGUACAAAACGUGUUUUUUGUUGUUGCAAUAGAAGACUUGAACCACAGGGUGGCGCUGUUGGCCACCAGAGGAGUACCAGACAUUAUCUGUGUGUUUCCUGCUUCUCCAUGAAGACAAAAUCCAUCCUCUCCUUCAUCGCACUGAUCUGCAAGAACUGGCCAGGUUAAAUAUUUUCCAAACAGUGCAGAUGAAG